CAAUGACGAACCAGCGACUUGGUGAUAGUGGUAUUUUCCUCAGGAUAGGAAGAUGAAUACCUCGCGAAUACUUCUAUGUUUUUGGCACAGAAUAUCAUGCUUUAAGCCUCACCCAGUUUUGUAUCAUUUCAAAAUUUCGCGCGUGCACUCGAAUAGCAGAGAUCAUUUUACCAUCAUUGUAGUGUUGUGUUUACGUUCAUUAGCAUGGUGAUAGUCCAAACUUCGUGUUGGUGGUAGGAAAGCUGGUCGAUUUUGAAAGCGCAAAGGUCGACAAAAAGUCUGCUGUGUUUCUAUUUUAUUUUUCAGAAGGCCGAGCUCUGUAGAUGUAAGGUGAAACCAGCGUUGUACGGUUAUUAAAUGAGGAACCGUUUUGGAGAUAAACACAAGCGUUGACAACGAUAGCAAACGGGAAUCAGUCAUUGAGCGCCUCAAAGGGGCUACGCGAUGGCGGACGAAGUUGGAAAAACUGCAAAUCAUCUGCCUGUUUGGGGUAAUGACAAGACGAUGAAUCUCAACACGAUGAUCCUUACGAACAUCCAGGGCUCUGCUUACUUUAAGGUGACGCUUUACAAGCUCAAAACCUACCACCAGGUUAUCGAUGAAAUCUAUUUCAACGUAGCCCAUCUUGAGCCUUGGGAACGCGGAUCAAGGAAGACAUCGGGCCAAGUCGGCAUGUGUGGCGGAGUCCGAGGGGUGGGAGCUGGCGGCAUCGUUUCGACAGCCUUCUGCUGCCUCUAUAAACUGUACACCCUUAAGCUGACACGAAAACAAGUUUACGGCUUGCUCGACCACACGGAUUCGCCGUACAUUCGUGCGCUAGGCUUCAUGUACCUUCGGUACACACAACCACCGCAGGAUCUUAUCGGAUGGUUCGAACCAUAUCUCACCGACGAAGAGGAAGUUGACCCAAAAGCCGGUGGUGGUGAUCCGAUGACAAUGGGUCAGUUGGUCCGUAAUAUGCUCCAGAAUCUCGACUGGUAUUCCACUCUCUUCCCGCGCAUUCCAGUGCCUGUCCAGAAGCAGAUUAACGCCGUUAUUGCCAACAAAUGUCCUGUACAAAAACCUGCUGCAAUUCGGCAAGAAGCGUCUUUCCGGAAAAGGGAUACUCGAGAUCCCUCUCGGCCAGAAGAUGUGUGGUCAGACCGAAAACGGGACCGCGAUCAUAUUUAUCGGAGAAGUCGCAGCAGAUCACGGGAGGACCGCCGUCGCAGUCGAGAGAGAGAGCACCGCGAUCACAAAGACCGUCGCGGUGAUUCGCGUGAGCGACGCAGGGAAAAAAAGCAUAAACAUAGGGAGCAUAGGGAUCGAAGCCGCAGCCGAGAUCGGGACCAUGGACGACGAGAUCGCUCGCGGGACCGAAGAGAUCGCUCCAGAGAUCGGAAACGAUAUUAAGACAUUCGGCAUUUUUGCCUUGGCGAAGUUCCUCAGUUCCGCCAUGCAAAAAGCACGCCUACGAGGCAUUUGUUAGUGUAAUUUGUCCCCGUUAGGGAGUUCAUAUCUAAGUGGAAGAAAUGAACGCUGAUUAUAGGCGACACGAGAAGGAGAACAACUGAGUCGUCGCUGGACGUAUUGAACGAUUGAAGCUAAAAUAUGAACUCACUGCUGCACCCAACGUGCGCCUACUAUUUGCACAUGGCAUUUUCGUAUGAAUAAGGCGUUUAUAACUGGUCUACUUGCUAUUUCAUUGACAAAACUGUUCUGUAACCGUAACUGCAUCCUAAGACAUUUUGUCUUGACAACAGCACAAAGUAGCUGAAGAGUUUAGGUGGCAUCUGAACGGCUGUGCACUGGAGUCAAUCACCAAUGAUCUAUAUAAAUUAUUUGGUUACAGAAAAGAUAUUUCCUGCAAUAAGUAUACUGCAGAGGUUUUUUCAUCCCAUAUUCUUCCGGGAGUAGAACGUUCUGGUAAUUUUUUCAAUGAUAUUAUUACCUACUUCAGCUGCAUCAGUUGAAUCUUUGUGCGUUACUUCUUGGUUGCAUCUAGAAUUUGAUCGACAAAAAUAAUUCCUCUAGUUCAAUAGAUUCAGCAACAUUUCCGAGUUGUGGAGAGAAGCAAUGUAAAAACAUGAUGAUAAACAAGUGCUCAUAUUUGAACUAUAUAAACACAUAUAUAUUAGACAUAUUUCAUACAUUUAAUACAUACAUACAUACGUGUAUAUCAACUAAGCAAAAACGCUCUACGAGUGCUUAACUCUAGUUACAAAACUUGGAAGUUACAUCGAAACAUAGUUUAUGCAUUAUAUCAUUUAUAGUUGAGUAAUAAAAAGCGUAAACCACUGUACAAAUCAUUAUACAAAUGUUGAAUUUUUGCUAUAGAUAGUAUAUCUAAAAAUUAUUUCAUAGACGUGCGAAUAAGACCCUUUAGUUUGUUCUUAAACUAGCGUACAAAUACUCGGUAUAAUCGAGUGAGAGAAGCAGGUAAAAUAGGUGGACAAGGUGCUAUACCGAAACUGUACUGAAUUGUUUGUUGUUGCCGAACGAAGGGUUAAUCCUUCCAAAAGUAUACUUUUAGUAAGGUUUGUAGUUUCUUAGAAUCUCAAUAAAUUAAAGGCGUUUCAAUAAAAUCAAAUUUAAUUCUCUGUUAGAUUGUUAGAACAUUUCAGGCCAUAGAUACAAACUUUAUUUCAUAAUUAUGAGUAAGCUUUGGCUAAUCCUUAGAAACUGGAAAUACGAAAAAAGUAAUUAAAAUCCUGUCAAGCUUAUAUUUUAACCCUUGCUAGUAAUAAAAAGCGUUUUGCUUAAGAAAAGUGGUGCUGUUACUGAAUUUUUACACGGUUAGGAGUAGGAAUGAUAUAAAAAAAAGAAGCUGUAAUAGAAAACAUCGAUGAUUUAUAUCUCUUUCUUUGAACUUUAUCAUCUCUCAACGCUUGCUCAAUUAAGGUACCAGGUAUUACCUCAAUUGCCUACCGAUUUUAUGUGAAAUAAUUACAGGUUUUUACUUUGGUUGGGUACUAUGUCGCGCUAACUGAAUAUAAUUUGGAGUCGGUAGUACUCGGCUUAGUCCUUAAUAGCUCUGACAUCAAUUAUAUGUGUGUAGAAUUUCAUAUAAAUUUGCCAAAAAUUCACAAACAAAAAUUCUGGUGAAAGAGAUUUAAAGAUCGAGCGCUGAUGGAUGGAUUUGUAAAUAUAGCUAAUAAAAAUAUUUAUAAAUAAUAUAUGUAAAUAUUGCUUUUAGGUAAGGGUUACAGAGAUGUAAUCAAUAUCAGAACUUUUAGAAAAUAAACCAAGCAGUGACGAUGUUUCGUCGAAACUUUAAAUCUUUUUUACGAAUGUUUCCACUAUUCAUAAACCAGCAUAAAAAGUAGGAACUAUAUAUAGUAUUUUCCAAACUGCUAUCAUUCGCAGCGCAGUUGCGUAAUUACAUAUAGCAGAAUUUAUAAUCUGAAUAAUAGUUAUACAUGAAAGCAGCAUGUUGUGAAAAUUAUGCAUUCAAAUUGGCCG